UCCUUUUAUCUUCAAUAUGGCAAUGGAAUUAGUCAUAGAAAGUUCAGAAUGGUUUCACGUAGAAAGAACGACAGUCAGAAUUCCAACAUUUUAUUGCCGAUUUUAGUAAGUGCUUGUGCUAUUCCUAUAUCAAUGUUGUUUUGGUCAAUAAACGUCCUUUAUUCAACCUUCUCGUCGGAAUCCGAAGGUUAUAACGAAGAACCAUCACAAAUGAUAUCACCAUGGAGAUGGUUGGCAGCUAUAAUAAUUCCAAUAAUAUUCGUCUUUUGGGGCCUAAAAAAGAAAAGCUUGGAUAUCUCCGGAGCUAUAUUUGGAUUGUUCGUGGGUUUCAUAUUGACGCUCACAAGUUUUAGUCAUUUAAUAUGUUUAAUAGUAUUUUUUAUCACUGGAUCGAAAGCAACCAAAUUCCGUUCUCACUUGAAAAGAAAACAAGAGAAAGGAUAUAAGGAAGGUGGACAGAGAACAUGGGUUCAAGUAUUGUGUAAUGGGGGAAUGCCUACUCAGCUAGCUUUGUUGUAUCUUCUGGAUGUGGGUUGUGGAGAACAUCCUAUUGAUUUCGAUAAGAAUUACAGAAGUUCGUGGUUAUCUAUAGGAAUAUUAGCUGCUUUUGCUUGUUGCAAUGGCGAUACAUGGGCUUCUGAAUUUGGUACGGUACUUGGUAGCAGUGAACCAUUUCUUAUCACAACAAGAAAACGAGUACCACGUGGAACGAACGGCGGAGUAUCAUGGAUAGGUCUGUUGUUUUCGGCUCUUGGUGGGAUAAGCAUAGGUUUGGCCUUUUACUUCACUACAUUGUACACCGUAGAUACAGCUACACUAGAAUUAGCUGCACCGCAAUGGCCUAUUAUUAUCAUAGGUGGAAUAGCAGGAUUGUUUGGCAGUCUUUUAGAUUCUAUACUAGGGGCAACAUUACAAUAUUCAGGCAUAGAUGAAGAGGGAUUGAUAGUUCAACAUCCAGGAAAAGGAGUGAAACAUAUCAGUGGUAGACAGAUAUUAGAUAAUCACAGUGUUAAUCUUUUAUCGUCGAUUAUUAUCGCUCUUACUUUUCCGAAAAUGGCAAAUGUAAUUUGGCCGUGAAAUAGAUCUGAUAGAAAAACUGCACCAUUUAUUUAGUCAUAUAAGUAAUUUUUUAUUUCGUUUAUAUUUUAUCAAGUAACUAUAUUUAAAGAUAUCGAACAUAUAUCGUUCUUCUUUGUUAAAUUUUUCAAGUAAUUUAUACGUUUUAAUUUAAUAUAUAAAAUUAAUUUAUUGAAUGUUAUCACAAUUAUUAUACAAUAUGUUUUUCUUUUAUUAAUAGACUGCUUUACUCAGGAAUAUGCUAUGUGUGAACAGAAACACAUAGAAAUAAUACUGCAUUUAUAAGAGAUAACAUUACCAUUUUGUUUAAAUUAUUCUUAACUUUCGAUAAAAGAUAUUUAUGCAUUCCAAGAUGUAUCUUGCAUCGAUACUGAUAUUAUUUUCUUUUUUUGUUAUGUACAUGUGUAUAUUUAGAAUUAAGACUUUUUAUAAAAAAUUGAUUAAUACAAAAAAUAUAUCACGAUUACAAAAAAUAGAUCAUUGAUACAUGGAAAGAUAAAUGCAAUAAUUUCAGAAUAUAUUGUUGGAAUAAUUGUUAAAUUUCUUAUUAUAAAGUUAAAUAAAAUAUAUGGAAUUUUUUAUA